AUGGGUUCCAUACAGCCAUCUAACGACAUCCCCGAGGUCGAUGUCCUGCUCGUGGGAGCUGGUUUCGGUUCAUAUACCGUGCUGAACAGGCUCCGCAAGCUGGGCCUGAAUUGCAAGGUUUAUGAGAAGGGCUCGAAGAGUGGAGGCAUCUGGUAUUGGAACUGCUAUCCGGGAGCUCGUGUCGACUCCGCUACCCCUAUUUAUCAGAUCUUCGACAAGGAACUCUGGGAAGACUUCACCUUUACCGAGCGGUAUCCGGGUCAGAAGGAGCUUCGCAGGUACUUCGAUUACGUUGACAAGAAAUGGAAUCUGAGCAAGGACGUGGUGUUCGACAAGCAUGUCGAUGGUGCAACGUUCGACACGAGCCGGAAUCAGUGGCUCGUCGAAUGCUCGGACGACACGCAGGUAUAUUGUCGAUGGUUCAUCCCCUGCCUGGGUUUCGCUUCCAAGAAAUAUACUCCUCCCGUCGAGGGCUUGGGUAACUUCAAGGGAGAAAUCUACCAUACCGCCGUAUGGCCUCAACACGACGUCAAUGUGAGGGGCAAGCGGGUCGCGCAAAUUGGCACAGGUGCUAGCGGGAUCCAGGUCCUCCAGACGAUCGGUCCCAAGGUCAAACACCUCACCGUCUUCCAACGAACGCCCAACCUCUGCUUGCCGAUGAACCAACAGAAGCUUAACCCCGAGGAGGAAGAGAAGAAGAAGAAGAAUGGCUGGUACCAGCAAGAGAUCGAGAAGACCCGCAAUACCUUUGCCGGCUUCACGUACACCUUCGUCGACAAGAACACCUUCGACGACACCCCGGAAGAGCGCGAGAGAUUCUACCAGGAGCUGAUCGACGAUGGCGGAUUCCGAUUCUGGUUGAACGGGUACAAGGAUAUCUUCACCAACCAGGAGGCCAAUAACGAGGCGUACAAGUUCUGGCGGAAGACAGUGCUCAAACGCAUUCCCGAUCCAAAGAAGCAGGCUCUCCUGGCCCCCGAGGUUCCCCCUCACCCCUUCGGCACCAAGCGUCCCUGCCUCGAGCAGAACGUCUACGAGGUCUUCAGCCUGCCCCACGUCGACAUCAUCGACAUCAACGAGAACCCCAUCGUCGAAGUGACAUCCAAGGGGCUCCGCACCAAGGAGGGCGAGAUCGAAGCCGACAUCCUCAUCCUCGCGACGGGAUUCGACUCGGUGACGGGCUCGCUCGCACAGCUCAACAUCCGCGGGCUCGACGGCAAGACCAUCGCCGAGCACUGGAAGGACGGCACGCGCACGUCGUUCGGCAUCGCCAUGGCCAACUUCCCGAACAUGCUGUUCCUGUACGGCCCGCAGGCGCCGACGGGGUUCAGCAACGGGCCGACCAGCGCGCACUAUCAGUCCGAGUGGGUGGAGCGCACGCUGAAGGACCUGAUGGCCAAGGGCGUCACGUACUUCGAGGCCCGCAAGGAGGCCGAGGAUCAGUGGUGCAAGCGGCUGUCGGACGUCUGGGACGCGAGCUUGUUCCCCUUGGCGAAGAGCUGGUACCAGGGAGCGAAUAUCCCCGGGCGGAAAGUGGAGCCUCUUAAUUGGGCCGGUGGAUUCCCCGAAUAUCUCGAACUUCUGGAUAAGAGCUGCGAGAACAAUUAUCAGGAUUGGAUCGUGGCUUAA